GGAUUGCAAGGGAGGUGGCCAUGGGGCUGCGGCCGGGGCUUGUUCCCUCCUCGGCUUCCGUAGACGAGGUCGGGAGGACUUUCGUCUGGGGUUUCGGUGCCCCCCCCUUCCCCUUCCCCGGGGUCCGGGGGUGACAUUGCACCGCGCCCCUCGCGGGGUUGCGUCUCCAGCCCACGCGGAACCCCCCCCCAACACACCCACCCAGCUGGCGCGCUGCUGCCCUUCGCCUGUCUGGAUUGGGGCUCCAUCCCGCCCCCUGCCCCCAUCCCCACCCCGGGCCGCCCAGCCAUGGGGGCUGCGGUGUUUUUCGGAUGCACUUUCGUGGCGUUCGGCCCAGCCUUCGCGCUCUUCUUGAUCACUGUGGCUGGGGACCCUCUUCGCGUUAUCAUCCUGGUCGCCGGGGCAUUUUUCUGGUUGGUCUCCCUCCUCCUGGCUUCUGUGGUCUGGUUCAUCUUGGUCCAUGUGACAGACCGCUCAGAUGCCCGGCUCCAGUAUGGCCUCCUGAUUUUUGGUGCUGCCGUGUCCGUCCUUCUACAGGAGUUGUUCCGCUUUGCCUACUACAAGCUACUUAAGAAGGCAGAUGAAGGGUUAGCCUCGCUGAGUGAGGACGGAAGAUCACCCAUCUCCAUCCGCCAGAUGGCCUAUGUUUCUGGUCUGUCCUUCGGUAUCAUCAGUGGUGUCUUCUCUGUUAUCAAUAUUCUGGCUGAUGCACUUGGGCCAGGUGUGGUUGGGAUCCAUGGAGACUCACCUUAUUACUUCUUGACUUCAGCCUUUCUGACAGCAGCCAUUAUCCUGCUCCAUACCUUUUGGGGAGUUGUGUUCUUUGAUGCCUGUGAGAGGAGACGGUACUGGGCUUUGGGCCUGGUGGUUGGGAGUCACCUACUGACAUCAGGACUGACCUUCCUGAACCCCUGGUAUGAGGCUAGCUUGCUGCCCAUCUAUACAGUCACCGUUUCCAUGGGGCUCUGGGCCUUCUUCACAGCCGGAGGCUCCCUCCGAAGUAUCCAGCGCAGCCUUUCGUGCCGACGGCAGGAGGACAGUCGGGUGAUGGUGUAUUCUGCCCUGCGCAUCCCACCCGAGGACUGAGGGAACGUGGGGGGGAGGACCCCUGGGCCUGGGGUGCCCUCCCCAUCUCCUCACCAUGUACUUCUCCAUCUCCAGUUCUGGACAGUGCAGGUUGUAAGGAAAAGGGACGUAGUUUAGCCAUGGCCCUUGGAGAUGCAAUUAAUGGACGCUCAAGGGUAGACGAGCUUUGAGUUUCCAAGUAUCCCUGCCCAGACUGGACAUCCUGGUCUUUUUCUCAGGUCUGAAGGGAACCUUUUUUUUUUGGUAUGAUAAAGACCCCAAACUGCCUUUUAUUUUAUUUUUUUAAGCGUGGGGUGGCAGGGGGGUGGGGAGAAGGAGGCUAUAUUUUACAUCCUCAAAUUGCUCCUUGGUGGCUGGGCUCAUUUCUAGUCCCUUUCCUCUUGGUCCCAGGCCCUGGGGGGAAGGAAGAGAGUGCAUGUUUGGGAACUGGCAUUACUGGAAUUAAUGGUUUUAACCUCCUUCACCGUUAGCAUCACUUCUCUCCCCAAGGUGAAGUAGAGGGUGCUGGGGGGGAGCUGGCCCACUCCAGAGCCACAGCGCCGCUGGAGUCAGACGACAUGACGUCGCGGGGCAGGAGGGCAGAUUUUUUUCUAGUUUUUAAUUGGGGCGCGGGAGGGGUCGGGGAGGUUUUCUAUCAACUGUAUCAUUUUCUGCCGAGGGUGGAGUGUUCCAUCCUUUUAAUCAAGGUGAUUGUGAUUUUGACUAAUAAAAAGGACUUUGUAA